AUGGCCGUCACGGACGAUAGAAUAUAUCAUCCAACCGACGCCCUCAUCCUCCGCAAACCCAAGCGACACUACCGUAUCGGUCUGCGCGUCGAACACUGGCAAUUGCGCUCGCAAAUCGGCCUCUCCACGCCGCGCCACAUCUACUAUCCCGGUGGAAACGACAACAACCAGAUCCACAAACUCGACACUGCGUCACACGAAAGCGAAACCAUCAAGAUCCUCAACUUUGCGCCUCGAUGCCUUGUGGCCAAAUACGGUUGGAUAUGCGCCGGCGGUGAGAGCGGUGAAUUUGUGGCUAUACCGGUGGAAGAUGGCAGUCAAGGUCGUGACCGCGGCCGCAGUAAUGUCGAAAGGGACCUGUUCUCGAGAUAUCGUCGCUCUCCCGCCAACAACGGUCCGGGAAACAACGGCGACCAAGACCAUUGGCUCGAUUCUUUCCAUGAUUUCGUUGUUCAUGCGGGCUCCCCAGACGAACGCCUACACUUAGGCAUAGACCCGACCUCCAACAACGACAGCGACGACUCCAUGCCACCCCUGAUUCCCGCCAGUCCCAGGACGCAGCCAAACUCCGAUAAGAGUCUGCACGCUCGAUCCAAGACAUUUGGUAGGGACCGCGUGAAUUGCAUCACGCUGUGGGCUCCUCAAGACACCAAGGACGGACGUUUCGACGGUGCAUACUCUACACCAGUGGCAAUUCUUGCAAAUAACGACAAGCAUGUCACGAUAGUGGGACUGCAGGACCAGGACGCGGUGGAUGAGGUGGCCUAUCCAGACUGUGUCAAUCGCGCCUUGAUAUCACCGGACGGCCGGUUGCUUGCUGCUGUUUGCGAUGACCCUUACUUGUACGUCCAUGAGAGAGUGAUAAGGCACAACCCUUGCCCUGGCCUGUUCACGCGAAAGGAGGAUUUCGAGUGGAGAUUAUGUGCCAAGAUACCACUCAAAGGUCAGCGGAAAGAGGAUCGCUCCGAUCAGCGAGGAAGUUUUGCGGCGUGCUUCUCAAACACCGGUCGAUUCCUUGCUGUCGGGACUCAAUACGGCGUCAUCUCGAUAUUCGACACUGCUUCAUUUACUGAGCCAGGCGUUGACCCCCUCAUUACGGCUUUUACUUCGUCAAGGUCAAAAGAAGACGUGGGUGCCGUUCGUGAUAUGGCAUUCUGCCCAGGUCCAUUCGACCUCCUGGCAUGGACAGAACACCGAGGUCGCGUCGGCAUUGCGGACAUUCGAAGCAAUUACGUUUCACGACAGAUGCUAAGUCUGAACGAUCACGACGAUUUCGAACAGAUUAUGGUGACAGAGAGGGGUUCCAUCGACCCGCGACUACUAGAACGUAACGAUAGUGGAGAACUCAGCUACUCGAGCAUCUCGACUGCGGAGAAUCGACGGGCAGCACGGCGGCAAGCCACUGACUAUCACCCGCCCUUGACCCCGGAGGAAACAAUGGUUAUCGAGGCACUCCAGGAGCACCGCAGGCGCAGGGAGCAGGCUGCUGCUCGAAACAGCUCCACAUCCGGUUCCAACAUGUCGAGGUUGAUGGAACGCCUCCACAACAAUCGACAGCAACGCGAGAAUGCUACUGCAUUGGCCCUGAACGACACCAGCUCCAGACUCCGCUCUGAGACGAGUAACUCCCGCCGAGUGGGCGACAUUCUGAGCGACAUUCAAAGCCAACGCGACCGCCUGCGCGACCAAUCCGACCGUCUGCGCGAGCAGUCAGAGCGGGUGCGCGCCCGCCGUCUGGCAGUAGACGAGGCAGAGAGGCACCGCCUCUCUGGUGGUUCGAUCCGGGCUCUUCGUGCACCACUCGUGCUCCCCCAGAGUGGCGAAUCGCCACGCCAAGUCUACAUCAACAACUCGUACACGGAUCUCGAGGCCCUGUACCAAUCAGCAUUUGAAGGCGGUGCGCCGGCCUCGAGCGGAGACGGGCCCUACGAGCCGGGUCAGGGCGAGUCAACUGGGAACAGGACGCGGGACUACCUCUCGGUCUGGAGCAACAUGCUGAGGGAUAGGGAUAUGGAGGCCGAGCCAACCAGCCGGCUUGGGCGGACUCGCCUGGACCGUCUGGCUACCAUGCCUGGUGGACGGGUCGACCGCGAGGACGACGACACGGCUGGACUGGCUUGGAGUGAGGACGGCCGUAUCUUAAUCAUCGGUGCCGUAGAUGGUAUCUACGAGUUCCACGUCGACUUGUUCAGCAGGAGGGUCUUUCCCAGCAUGGAGAUGCGAUGA